AUAGAGUUGAAAUAACUAGGAAAACAUUUAUUUUGUACUUUGAAAGAUGUCUGCGGGGAAGGAAGGAGACAUUUUAUGUUUCUUUAUCAACGGAAAAAAGGUAACCGAGAACCAUGCAGACCCUGAGACAAUGCUGUUAUCCUUCCUCAGAGAGAAGCUGAGGUUAACUGGGACCAAGUAUGGCUGCGGCGGAGGAGGCUGUGGGGCAUGCACCGUCAUGGUGUCGCGCUAUCAACCUGCUACCAAAACCAUCAUACAUUACUCAGCCAACGCCUGCCUCCUGCCCAUCUGUCAGCUUCACGGAGCUGCAGUCACCACGGUGGAGGGCAUUGGCAGCACCAAGACCAGAAUCCACCCUGUGCAGGAGCGAAUAGCGAAAGCUCAUGGCUCCCAGUGUGGCUUCUGCACUCCAGGGAUGGUGAUGUCCAUGUACACUCUGCUAAGGAAUAAACCACAGCCCACCAUGGAGGACAUCACCCAGGCUCUGGCUGGUAACUUGUGUCGAUGUACUGGAUAUCGACCCAUUGUUGACGGCUGCAGGACCUUCUGUCAGGAAACCAACUGCUGCCAAGCCAGUGGAGUUGGGAGCUGUUGCCCCAGUGGAAAUGAAAACACUGAUGAACCAGAGAGUGAAAAGCCACAGUUGUUUGACAAGGAAGGCUUUCUGCCACUGGACCCAACACAGGAGCUGAUCUUCCCUCCAGAACUAAUGCGGAUGGCAGAGACGGUGAGCCCACAAACACUCACCUUUCAGGGAGAGAGGAUGACCUGGGUGUCCCCCACCUUGCUGGACGAGCUGGUCCAGAUGAAGAGCAGCAACCCAACAGCUCCGCUGGUCAUGGGGAACACUAACAUUGGUCCAGAUAUAAAGUUCAAAGGUGUCUUGCAUCCGUUGGUUAUAUCUCCAGCCAGAAUUGUGGAGCUGUUUGAGGUCACUCAGACACCACAGGGUGUUUGGGUCGGAGCAGGCUGCAGUCUCUCAGAGGUUCGGUCUGUGUUGGAGAAGCUGCUUUCUCAGUUCCCAGAGGAGAAGACCGAACUGUUCAAGGCCUUGAUCCAACAGCUCAGGAGCCUGGGGAGCGAGCAGAUCCGUAAUGUUGCCACUCUUGGAGGCAACAUCAUGAGUGCAAACCCCAAUUCUGACCUGAACCCUGUCUUGGCUGCUGCGAACUGCAAAGUCAGCGUCAUUUUCAGUGGAGGAAGACGAGAGGUCCCUUUGAAUCAGGACUUCUUCGUGAGCUUUGGAAAAACCAUCCUGAAACCAGAAGAGAUUGCAGUCUCUAUCUUCCUACCCUUUUCCAGACAAGGGGAGUUUGUUCGAGCUUACCGCCAGGCUCCGAGGAAGGAGAACUCUUUUGCCACUGUGACGACCGGCAUGAGGGUGUUUUUCUCUGAGGGAUCCAGAGUAGUGCAGGAUGUCAGUCUUUACUACGGGGGAAUGGGACCCACCACAGUCAGUGCUGCCAAAACCUGUGCAGCUAUCACUGCCAGGCCAUGGGAUGAUGACACCCUCAGCCAGGCUUAUGACAUCCUUCUGGACGAGUUAGCCCUCCCUCCUUCUGCUCCUGGAGGAAAGGUGGAGUUUCGGCAGUCUCUGGCCCUCAGCUUCCUCUUCAGAUUUAACCUGGAGGUCUUUCAGAAGCUCAGAGAAAUGAAUGUGAUUACAGAUGAGGUUCCUGAGAGGAUGCAGAUCCAGCCUUUACCCAGAGAGUUCCAACCCAGCCUGCAGGAGUUCUCGCACGUGUCAAAGGACCAGAGCAAACAGGACCCAGUUGGGCGUCCCAUCAUGCAUCGCUCUGCCAUCAGCCAGGCAACAGGUGAAGCUGUCUACUGUGAUGACAUCCCCAGAACAGAGGGGGAGCUCUUCCUGGCGCUGGUCACCAGCUCUCGAGCACACGCUAAGAUCACGAGCCUGGAUGUGAGUGGAGCUCUGCAGCUUCCUGGUGUUGUCGAUGUCAUCAGAGCCAAAGAUAUUCCUGGGAAGAAAUUCCAUACGGUAUACCGUGACAGUCAAGAGGACUUUCUUUCUGAGACCGAGGUGUCCUGCAUUGGUCAACUAGUAUGUGCAGUGGUUGCUGAUACGAGGGCGCAUGCCAGACGAGGAGUGUCAGCCAUAAAGAUCAGCUACGAAGAUCUGCCGGACCCUGUUUUUACUGUAGAGGAAGCCAUUGAAAGGUCAUCUUUCUUUAAGCCACAGAGGAUGAUUGAGAGGGGAAACAUAACUGAGGCUUUUAAUAGUGUUGAUCAGGUUUAUGAAGGAGAGAUUCGUCUGGGUGGCCAGGAACAUUUCUACAUGGAAACUCAGAGUAUGCUGGUCGUUCCUGUCGGUGAGGAGAGGGAGUUCAAUGUUUACGUGUCCUCUCAGUGGCCGUCUGGCACUCAGGCCGCAAUUGCAGAAACACUCAACAUCCCAUCCAACAGAGUCACCUGUCACGUGAAACGGAUCGGUGGAGCAUUCGGCGGGAAAAUCGAUAAAGCCAUCAUUCUGGCUUGUAUCACCGCAGUGGCUGCAUGGAAGACCAAUUGUGCAGUCCGCUGUGUCCUGGAGCGAGGAGAGGAUAUGUUGAUCACAGGAGGCCGUCACCCUGUCCUGGGCAAAUACAAGGUGGGUUUCAUGAAUGAUGGAAGAAUCACGGCUGCUGAUAUCCAGUACUACACCAAUUCUGGCGCCACCGUUGAUGAAUCUGUGAUGGUAACUGAGAAAAUGCUGCUUCACUUAGACCAUGCUUACAACAUCCCAAACCUGCGAGGCCGUGCAGCCGCCUGCAGGACCAACCUGCCCUCCAACACCGCCUUCAGGGGUUUUGGCGUGCCUCAGAGCCUCAUGGUUGUGGAGAACAUGGUCAAUGAUGUGGCCAUGGUGCUGGGACGCCCUGCAGACCAGAUUCGGGAGAUGAACAUGUACAAAGGGCCAUCAGUCACCCAUUACAAGCUUGAGUUCAGUCCAGAGAACUUGCAGCGCUGCUGGGAGGAAUGUAAGCUCAAGUCUGACUACAGCGCCCGUUGCAAAGCCGUCGACCUGUUUAACCAGCAGAACCGCUGGAAGAAGAGGGGAAUAUCCAUUAUCCCCCUUAAAUACGGCAUUUCUUUCACAGACAAGUUUUUCAAUCAGGCUGCAGCUCUAGUCCACAUCUAUAGAGACGGUUCUGUUCUGGUCACUCAUGGCGGGACGGAGUUGGGUCAGGGAGUCCAUACCAAAAUACAACAGGUGGCGAGUCGGGAGCUUCAUAUUCCGACCUCCAAGAUCUACAUCAGUGAAACCAGCACCGGCACCGUUCCCAACACCUGCCCCUCUGCUGCCUCCUUUGGCACAGAUAGUAAUGGCCUGGCAGUCCAGAAUGCUUGCCAGACUCUGUACCAGCGGCUGGAGCCAAUCAGGCAGAAGAACCCCAAAGGAUCAUGGGAGAGUUGGGUCAGUGCAGCAUUUUUAGAGCGAAUCAGUUUGUCAGCCACCGGAUUCCACAGGGGUCCAGAGGUUUACAUAGACUGGAACAAGAUGGAGGGUCGUCCUUACGCUUACUUCACCUUUGCAGCGUGUUGUUCAGAGGUGGAGCUGGACAGCCUCACAGGAGACUACAGGACGGUGAGGACAGACAUCGUGGUCGACAUCGGCAGAAGUAUGAACCCCUCUGUGGACAUCGGCCAGAUUGAAGGAGCGUUCAUGCAGGGUUUGGGCCUCUACACUCUGGAGGAGCUGAAGUUUUCCCCAUCUGGGCUCUUGUACACUCGAGGGCCAUCUCAGUAUAAGAUCCCUGCGGUCUGUGACGUGCCACUUCGAUUCAACAUCUAUCUGCUGUCAGACUCGAACAACCCUCAUGCCAUCUACUCCUCAAAGGGUAUUGGAGAACCCAUCGUCUGUAUGGGGAGUUCGGUGUUCUUCGCCAUCAAACACGCCGUGGCUGCAGCUCGCUCAGAGUCCCAUCUAGUCGGCCCGUUUUCCCUGAACAGUCCUGCGACACCAGAGAGGGCCUGUCUCGCUUGUGCCUCCCCGUUCACUCAGAAGAUUCCAACCAACGAACCGGGAUCUUUCAAAGCGUGGGCUUUAAACAUCUAAAACUGAAACUGUGUUGUGUUUUUAUAUAAUCAAUUUAAAGCUACUCUGGCUUUGAAAUAAUGUAACUAACAACAAUUAACUACUACUACUAACACUUAUUUUACUAAUACUCUAUAAACUACAGCAACUCGUGGGAAGGGUUUCAGAGGAAUUUGUGAAGAUAAAGAAAUGGUGUGAUAGCAACUUACUAUCUUUGAAUUUGGAGAAA